AUGAUUUCGACCUACGCUUUCUCUACGUCGCUACGGCGUACGACUUCUUAUUCUACAUAUGUUUCCACAACUUUAAGGAAUAAAAAUAAUAAAAACGCGUUAAUUUCUUUAUCUAGCUCACAACGGCGGUGGAAAGCUAAUACGGCAGAACGAACAUCAGCUUAUGAUAGUUCAUUUAUAGGUUUAUCUGGUGGUCAAAUCUUUCAUGAAAUGAUGUUGCGUCAUGGAGUCAAGCAUAUAUUUGGUUAUCCUGGAGGAGCAAUCCUACCCGUAUUUGAUGCCAUUUACAAUUCAAACCAUUUUAAUUUCGUACUUCCAAGACAUGAACAAGGUGCUGGUCAUAUGGCUGAAGGAUAUGCGAGAGCUAGUGGUAAACCUGGUGUCGUUCUUGUAACUUCUGGUCCUGGUGCAACAAAUGUUGUGACUCCCAUGCAAGAUGCUUUAUCAGAUGGCACUCCUUUGGUUGUUUUUUGUGGUCAAGUACCUACUUCAGCUAUUGGAACUGAUGCUUUUCAAGAAGCCGAUGUUGUUGGAAUUAGUCGAGCUUGUACAAAGUGGAAUGUAAUGGUAAAAGAUUUGGCAGAUUUACCACGUCGCAUCAAUGAAGCAUUUGAAAUUGCCUCAACUGGUCGUCCUGGACCAGUACUUGUGGAUCUCCCAAAGGAUGUAACGGCGGGAAUUCUUAAAAAAGCAAUUCCCACUCAAUAUUCAAUUCCAUUCCGCGCAUUCAAUGAUGUUCCUUCCUUAGCUUCAUCUAUGACCAAUGAACCAGUGAUUCAGCGUGCAGCUGAAUUGAUUAAUCAAGCAAAGAGACCUUUGAUUUAUGCAGGUCAAGGGGUUCUUUCCACAUCUGAAGGUUCAAAUCGUUUAAGAGAAUUCGCAAAAAUCGGUAACAUUCCCGUAACGACAACUUUACAAGGUCUUGGUUCCUUUGAUGAAUUAGAUCCCCUAAGUUUGCAUAUGUUGGGUAUGCACGGGUCUGCUUAUGCCAACUUAGCUAUGCAAAAUGCUGAUGUAAUUAUUGCUUUGGGUGCAAGGUUCGAUGAUCGUGUAACUGGUCAUUUGGGACAGUUCGCAUUGGCAGCUAAACAAGCAGCUAAAGAGGAUAGAGGUGGUAUAAUUCAUUUUGAAAUAAGUCCUAAAAAUAUCAAUAAAGUUGUACAGGCCACUUGUGCUAUAGAAGGUGAUGUAUCAGAUAAUCUUACCAGAAUUUUACCAUUAACUGAAUUUUCGGAACGUAAAGAAUGGUUUAGUCUUAUUAAUGAAUGGAAACAGAAAUAUCCAUGGACUUACGCUAAACCAAAAACAUCAAAUUCUCCAUUAAAACCUCAACAACUUAUUGAAGAGUUGGAUCGUCAAACUCAAGAUUACAAAGAAAAAGUUAUUUUAACCACUGGAGUAGGACAACAUCAAAUGUGGGCUGCACAAUUUUUCAGAUGGAGAUAUCCUAGAAGUAUGAUUACAUCAGGUGGAUUAGGAACUAUGGGUUAUGGUUUACCUUCUGCAAUUGGUGCAAAGGUUGCAAGUCCUGAUAAAAUUGUUAUAGACAUUGAUGGUGAUGCAAGUUUUUGCAUGACUGGAAUGGAAUUAGCAACAGCUGUCCAAUUUAAAAUUGGGGUUAAAGUAUUAAUAUUAAAUAAUGAUUUCCAAGGAAUGGUAAAACAAUGGCAAGAUUUAUUUUAUGAAGAACGAUAUAGUCAUACGGAAAUGAGCAAUCCCGAUUUUGUAAAAUUAGCCGAGUCUUUUGGUUGUAAAGCGAUAAGAAUUCGCACUGAAGAAGAAUUACCCCGUAAGAUCGCGGAAUUCUUGGAAUAUGAUGGACCCAUUGUAUGUGAUGCCAUCAUAGAAAGGCAUGAACAUGUAUAUCCUAUGGUACCGGCUGGUAAAGCAUUGGGUGAUUUCAUUGUUCACCCAGAUUUACGAAAAUGA